UUCAUAAAAAGAUAUAUGACCUGCACAAGCUUGGGUCUUUGGAUAACGGUGAUGAACUGUUAGCUUUAGCAUCUGGGUCAGAUCAUUUGUCAACCUUUUACCAAGGUUGUAUAGUCAAUGGUGUUCGAUUUAUUGCACACGAUCGAGACAAAAAGCGCACCACACAGAAUAGUGGAGUGUCUGCUGCCGGAACAGAAGGUUUUAAUUUUUACGGCACGCUUGAAGAAGUGGUAAUACUUUCUUUCACUGGUGCAUAUUCAGUGGCAUUAUUUCGGUGCAAAUGGUUUAAUACAAAUCCAAGAAUGAAGAAAACAGUCAUUGAAAAUAAUGUCACCAGUAUAAACGUCAAUGGCGAAUGGUACAAAGAUGAGCCGUACAUACUUGCUACUCAAGCUAAGCAAGUUUUCUAUCUCGAUGAUUUACUUAGAGGUCGUGAUUGGAAAGUUGUAGAAGAUGUGAAUCAUCGACAGAUUUGGGACAUUAAGGACAAUUCUGAUGGGGUUAAUGAUGUUAUUGAUGUUGUACAUGAAACAAGUUCAUCAAAUUUUUUGUUGACUGUGGACCUCGGAGAGUUGAUUAUGCAAUCUGAUCAACCUGCUGCAUAUGUUGGAGCUGAUGAAGAUGGUGACGACGAAGCUGAUAUGUCAGAACAUGAGGACGUUGCAGAUGCAGAAGAUGAAUUGGUUGUUGAACUUUGUGAAGAUGAAAAUGUGUCUCCGAUUACUGAUGGAAAUGAUAGUGAUUACUCUGUUUAGUUUUUUUCUAUUUGUGUAACAGAACUAUGUAUUUAAAUAUAAUGAAGUGUAUUUUUGUAAUUAUA